AAAGGGAGGGGGGAGAAAGAGGCGCAGCGGGCGCGAAAGGGGCGUGGCUUCUAGGCCAAAGGGGGCGUGGCCUGGCCCUUGGGUAUCUUUUCGGCCUUGCCUUUAUUCCCGGAAGUGGGUUUUUUGGGGGGGAGGGGCGCAGCUGGAGGUCUCUGUGUGUGUGUGUGUGUGUGUAGAGGUAGGUGACGAGAUAUGGAGCCCUGGACGGGGAACAAUGGCGCGGAGGGUUCCCUGACCCAUGUGGCACUGCUUUUCUCUCCCCCCCCCCACAGGUGUGCUCGUUGCCUUUCGUUGGGGCGAGGCCGGCCUCCAAGGGAGAGGAAGCCAGGACACUGCGGGAGUGAGGAAGGCCAGACCCGCUUCUCCACCAGCUGCUCCUGUGCCUCAGGGUGGUGGGGAGCCCACCCAUUUGGGCCAGCCAUGGAUCCGGCGUUCCCCCAUCCAUCCCGGGAUCCUACCCAAGAAGAUGGCAUGGCCUCCGACGACUUCGACAUUGUGAUAGAAGCGAUGCUGGAGGCCCCGUACAAGAAAGAGGAGGCCCAGCCAGGACCCUCAAAGCCGCCAACUGACCCCCCCACAGCCCAGCCGUCUCCGGAGGAACAAGGAAAAGAAGCAAAGAAGGACAGCGCCCCCAGCAGCAGCAAUGGGGAAAGCAGCAGCAAAAAGAAGAGGAGUCGUAGCAGGAGCCGUGACCACAGACACAGCCGUAGUCGGGACCGAGACCGGCAUCGUCGACGCAGCCGGAGCCGGGAUCGACGCAGCCGUCAUCGGAGCAGAAGCCGCCAUCGGAGCCGCAGUCGGGAUCGUAAUAGGCGAGCCAGCCGAUCUCGGAGCCGAGAGCGCCGGCGGGAGGAAAGAAUCCGUUAUCGCAGCCCACCUCCCCCAGGACGACGGUUUGGACACAGCAAGAGUCCCCUAUUCAGAGAGAAGAGCCCCCUUCGGGAGCCUCUGGGCAGCUUGAGCCCCGAAGAACGUGACGCCCGCACCGUCUUCUGCAUGCAGCUAGCUGCCCGUAUCCGCCCGCGAGACCUUGAGGAUUUUUUCUCGGCUGUUGGCAAGGUGCGUGACGUACGGAUCAUCUCCGACCGAAAUUCCCGGCGCUCGAAGGGCAUCGCUUACGUCGAGUUUUGUGAGAUACAGUCGGUGCCGCUGGCCAUCGGGCUAACGGGGCAACGUCUCCUGGGCGUCCCGAUUAUCGUUCAGGCUUCCCAGGCGGAAAAGAACAGGCUGGCCGCCAUGGCCAACAACCUUCAGAAAGGCAGUGGGGGCCCCAUGAGGCUCUACGUCGGUUCUCUUCAUUGCAACAUCACCAAAGAGAUGCUGCGCGGGAUCUUCGAGCCGUUUGGCAAGAUUGACAGCAUCGUCCUCAUGCGGGACCAGGAUACCGGACAGUCCAAAGGCUACGGCUUCAUCACCUUCGCAGAAGCAGAAUGUGCCCGCCGUGCCCUGGAACAGCUGAACGGUUUCGAGCUGGCCGGCCGGCCCAUGCGGGUGGGACAAGUCACCGAACGACUGGAUGGCACCACCGACAUCACUUUUCCCGAUGGGGCUGAUGAACCCGACCGGUCAGCUCUGAGCUUGGGGACCACCGGCUCCCAGUUGCAGCUGAUGGCAAAGCUGGCCGAAGCAGCAGGUUCUGGGAUUCCAUUGACCACCACAGCGGCGGCCCAGGCUGCUCUGCAGCUUAAUGGAGCGAUACCUUUGGGAGCACUGAAUCCAGCUGCCCUGACAGCUCUUAGCCCAGCAUUGAAUCUGGCUUCCCAGACCCUGGCCUCCCAGUGUUUCCAGCUUUCAGGCCUCUUCAGUCCCCAAACAAUGUAAAGCCACCCAGUCCGCCCACCCUUCCCGCCCUCCCUCUCCCACGGAGCUCAGAGGGGGAAUGAUCAUCUCUGCCACCAUUACCGCCUCACCUGACACCCCCUCUCCUGCCCCCCCCAAUUGGAUCCAAGCCUGGGGGGGGGAGAUGAACUUUGAAGGAACGCUCCCUCUUUGGGGACAAGGCGGGGAGUCGGGGGGGGGCAAAACCCUUCUUAACAUGAACUCUGAUUUUAUUCCGAAUUUCCCUUCCCUGGGGAAGGGAGGAAGAUCUUGUAUUCUGGCCCUCCCUCACUUCUUUCUCCCCCCCUCAAAUCACAAUUGGAAGAUAGAUGCAUUAUCCUUCCCCCUAAAAAAAAGUGGAAUUGUAGCAUCUUUUCCUUUCGGUGGGUUUCGGGGGGGGGGGUCCGAGGAAGACCGUUGACCCCUUCCUCUCUCUCUCUCUCUCUCUCCCUCUCUCUCCCACCCCUCUGCUCUUGGAUUGGGCGGUCCUCGCGGCCAGCAGGCGCGUUGUACAAAAAAAAACGGGAGAGGCACUGACCAGUGGGCGGGCGGGUGGGUGGGAGGUCCACGUUGUGUAUAUCUCUUCUCUUUCUACCCCCCCCUCCUUCCCCAAUUUGUAAAGAGGCUGCGUAACCCUUUGGAGGAUGUUGGGUUCCCCCCCCCUUCAUUUUUCUCGACUCUUUGUCUCCCGUUCUUGGUGUCCCUGUUUUUUCUGGCUGCACCCGUUCCUCGGAGUCCUUCGGAGACCCCUUUCCCACCCACCCACUCUCUCCUUCUCCUUCCCCCCCUCCCCUUUUCCAGAUUUUCAAAGGUGUAUUUUGGUUUUGUUUUGUUUUUCUUUUUAUCUCUUUCGAUUUCCUUUUUUUUUUUCUUUUGCUUAUAAAUGAAUAAUAAAAAAAAGUCACCAAAUGGAACCGUG